GCCUUUACAAAGUAAAAUGAGUUCAUUCUAUUGCGUGGCCACUGCUGUAUUUAUAUGUGUGUGUGUCAGUGUUCGGAGAGCAGUGACAGUGAUGUGGAGAUCACAGAGGCCCGGGCUCCUGUUCCCAAGCGCCGCAGAAUCGUCGACCCAAGCUCCGUGUCCACAGUACCAGUGUACUCUGACCAGGUGAGUAGGAGUCUUCUUCUCUACCCUGCAGCAAUCAGAUACAACUCAGAUGUUGAGCGGGAGGGGCAUUUCUCCUGGGCCCAAUCACAGAAGGACUUCCCGGCCACACCCUUAAAGAAGAAGAGCCAGACAACCACUUUGGAGAUCUCAGACUCAGAGGAGGAGCCUAACAAAGAGCCGCCCUGGACUAGCUCGCCCUCCCCUCCCUCCACACCACACUGCCCCCAGAGACGGAAGGGGCGUGCCUUCAGAAAAAUCAGGGAGGUGGACAGAAAACUGAAUGAGGUGGGGGCCAUGCUCUCUCCUGUCUCCCAGAAUACCCGGCUGCGGGAAACUGCGGUCGGCAGGGAUGACGACGACGAUCUCAUCCUGUUGACCACUCCCCCUUGGGAAACGCUGCAGUCUGAUUCGCCAAGAGAGCUGGUGCUGAAAAUACGCUGCAGAGCUGAUCUGUACAGGAUACCAGUGAAAACAACAGACCCUCUGAGCAGGGCAGUGGAACAGCUGUCAAUCAAACUCAAGGUCCCGCCCUCCAGGAUACUGCUGCUGCGGAAGGAGGCGGAGCUUCCUGUGGUCGCCACAGCAACAGAGCUGGGACUGGGCAUCGCUGACAUCAUUGACUGUGUUGUGAUCUCUGAGGGGGACAGACAGGGGGACAGCGCACAGGGACAGGGGGACAAGGACACCAUCACGCUGAGACUGCAGGGAAGGGACAAGGAUUCUGUUCAACUCAUCUCAGCCAAGAGGGAUGCCCCCCUGCGCUCAGUCCUCCUGCAGUAUCGCACACGCGCCGGUUUGGAUCCCCAGCACAGCGUGCGCUUCCUGUUUGACGGAGAGAAGGUUCUGGAAGAGGCUUCGCCUACCAGCCUCGACAUGGAGGAUGGUGAUGUCAUCGAGGUGUGGCUGUGAACCCCUGCGCCCCAAAACCACAAACUGAGCGAGUCAAACAGCAGACGAGCAUUUGGGCUCUAGCGCUUUUAACAGUGUAGUGUGUGUGUGUUCACAGACGCAGAUACACACACACAUACACAGGCACAAACGCAUACACGCACGCACACACACAUACAGACACAGACACACAUUACACUGAUGAUGGCAUUAGAGCCCAGAUGCUUGCCUGCUUAACAAAUACAGUAUUGGACAGGGCUUUUCCACAGUGGUUUUGCUUGUUGAAAUGACUAUUUUUUUUUAAUAAUAUAGCACUUUUGUCCUUGUACAGAAUGAUUGAUAAUAAUAGUAAUAAAGUUAUUUAAAAAAUA